AGCGAGUUUCAUCAAUUUUUCACUGGGUUUACCGGUUUAAUUCAAAUCCGAUUUUAAUACAAUUUGAAAUUUGUUAGAAGGUCGAGUCAUAGUCCGACCAGAUGAUCCGGUUUUCAAAACAAUGAUUUUAGCUUCAGUUUAGGUAUAAGUUUGACUCAAGUUGACAUAUUUUAGAAAUCCGGUUAUUGGUUAUUGAUCAAACAAUUGGUUUAGUUUAACAAAACCAUAUCAAUCCUAAUUAUAUUUUUAAUCAAACUAACCAAACGUUAAACCAAAUAAACUAAAGUAACCAAAAUAGCUUGAAUUUUAACCAAAAAUAAAACUGAAAACUUGAGUUAGUUUUGGAAGAUUUUCACUGGGCCGGACCUGGUUACACCUGCUGAUUUGUUUAAAUUUGGUCCAAACAAACAUAAAGAGAGCGUAAUAAGGAAACUUGAAAUCAUCCUAAAUCAAUCUUAUCUUUCCCUCUGGGAUUUGACUUGCUAAAAAUAUAGGGAGUUGAGAGGGGUAUUUUGGUAAAGUUGAUUAGUUAUUGCCACGUCGAGUCCAGUAAGUAAAGUCUAAUCCUUUCGCCGGAGAUCUCUCGCAUAAAAGAAGAACACGGCUUUGCUCCUUUGCUUUGGUUUCUCCGAUGAAGGAUCGUCUUCCUCCUCCUUCCCUCUACGUUCCGCCUCACCAGCGACUUCGCUCCACCCCUCCAGCUUACGCCUUUCAUCCUCUUCCUCUCCCCCACACGCAAUCUCAAAAGCCACCGCUCUUGCCCACUCGCUUUGUCUCGGCCUACGAUGACAGCGUUUCCGAGGUUGCUUCACUCCCUGAGCCGGUUGCAUUUCAUUGUGCCAACUUGGAUGAAUGGAGAAGGAACUUGUCUAUGCUUUUGCGCGAUCCUGUAAAGCAAGAAGUUAUUUCCAGGGAGAAGAAAGAUCGAAGGGAUUUUGAUAAACUUGCUGCACUCGCUACAAGUCUUGGAUUGUAUAGUCAAGCAUAUGCUAAGGUUGUUGUGUUCAGUAAGAUCCCACUCCCCAACUAUAGGUUUGAUCUUGAUGACAAGAGACCUCUGAGAGAGGUGAGUGUGCAUACGGACCUUGUAAAAAGAGUUGAUGCUUAUUUCAAAGACCACCUCAGUAAAAAAUCAAAGAGGACGAAUGGUAUCCCUGCGAAUUCCUUCUCAAGAACUAGUAGCACAAGCAGUAUGUUUACCGAUGAAGGGCUUCUUGAGCAACCUGAGCUCCCGGCUGCUAGCAAGACGGCGCUGGACAAAAUUCUUUGGCAAAGGAGUUUGCAGCUGCGUGAACGACAAGACUAUUGGGAGAAAUCGGUAGAAGGUCAAAGAAUGCUGGAAUGUCGCAGAUGUCUCCCUGCAUAUAAGCAGAGGGAUGUGGUAUUGUCAGCGAUAUCACAAAACCAGGUCAUUGUUGUCUCUGGAGAAACAGGUUGUGGCAAGACCACACAAAUUCCACAGUUUAUAUUAGAAUCGGAGAUUGAAGCAAACCGUGGAGCUUUAUGCAGUAUCAUAUGUACUCAACCAAGAAAAAUAUCUGCUAUGUCUGUUUCGGAGAGGGUUGCUUGCGAAAGAGGAGAGCCGUUGGGUGAAUCCGUUGGAUAUAAAGUUCGAUUGGAAGGUGUUAGAGGAAGAGAUACGCGGCUACUGUUUUGCACCACAGGCAUUUUGUUGAGAAGGUUGUUGGUAGAUCGAAGUUUAAGAGGAGUUACUCAUGUUAUUGUGGAUGAAAUUCAUGAGCGUGGAAUGAAUGAAGAUUUCUUGCUUAUCAUUCUUAAAGAUCUCCUACCUCGUCGCCCAGAGCUUAAGCUGAUUCUGAUGAGUGCAACUUUAGAUGCUGAGCUUUUCUCGUCAUACUUUGGUGGGGCAGGUGUAAUUCACAUUCCAGGCUUUACGUAUCCAGUUGGUAGUUAUUUCUUAGAGGAUAUUCUGGAGAUGUCCAGGUACAGAUUGACUCCGUACAAUCAAAUUGAUGAUUAUGGUCAAGAAAGAUUGUGGAAGAUGAACAAACAGAUCCCAAGAAAAAGGAAGAGCCAAAUUGCGUCUGUUGUGGAGGAUGCACUGAGAGCGGCUGAUUUCAAGGAGUUUAGCCCUGAGACUCGAGAGUCUUUAUCUUGUUGGAAUCCUGAUUGCAUUGGUUUUAAUCUUAUAGAAUCUCUCCUUCGCCAUAUAUGUGAGAAUGAGAGGCCUGGUGGUAUUUUAGUUUUUAUGACUGGAUGGGAUGAUAUUAGCUCUCUGAAAGAUAAACUUCAGAUUCAUCCAAUCUUUAGCGAUCCAAACCGGGUUAUGUUGCUUGCUUGCCAUGGUUCUAUGGCUAGCUUUGAGCAGAGGUUAAUAUUUGAAGAACCUGCAAGUGGAGUGAGAAAGAUAGUUCUGGCCACUAAUAUCGCUGAAACGAGCAUCACGAUCAAUGAUGUUGCUUUUGUUAUCGACUGUGGAAAGGCAAAAGAGACCUCCUACGAUGCAUUAAAUAACACCCCCUGUUUGCUUCCUUCUUGGAUUUCCAAGGUUUCAGCUCAGCAGAGAAGAGGAAGAGCUGGUCGUGUUCAACCUGGCCAAUGUUACCAUCUGUACCCAAAGUGCGUAUAUGAUGCUUUUUCAGAAUAUCAGUUGCCUGAAAUUUUGAGAACGCCUUUGCAGUCACUGUGUCUACAAAUCAAAAGCUUAAAUUUCGGAACCAUAUCUGAGUUCUUAUCAAGGGCACUGCAAUCUCCAGAACUAUUGGCGGUUCAAAAGGCCAUUGAAUAUCUUAAGACAAUAGGGGCAUUGGAUGAGAAUGAACAGCUCACAGCUCUAGGUCGUUAUUUGGCGAAGCUUCCCAUGGAGCCAAAGCUUGGAAAAAUGCUCAUACUAGGAGCUAUUCUAGGUUGCCUUGAUCCCAUAUUGACUGUUGCGGCUGGCCUGAGUGUGAGAGAUCCUUUCUUGACACCUCUGGACAAGAAGGAUCUCGCAGAAGCCGCCAAAUCCCAGUUUUCACGUGAUCACAGUGAUCAUCUUGCACUUGUUCGGGCAUAUGAAGGGUAUAAAAGAGCUGAGGAAGAGGCUGGGGUUUAUGAUUACUGCUGGAAAAACUUUCUCUCAAUACAGUCGAUGAGAGCUGUUGAUUCUCUCCGAAAAGAGUUCUUCUCAUUACUCAAGGAUACCGGAUUAAUAGAUGGAACUCCAGCGACCUGCAAGUCAGGAGGGAAUGACGAGAAUCUUACCCGAGCUGUUAUUUGCUAUGGAUUGUAUCCAGGAAUCUGCUCGGUUGUGCAUAAUGAGAGAGCAUUUUCCUUGAAGACUAUGGAGGAUGGCCAAGUUCUUCUUUAUUCGAAUUCUGUAAAUGCUCGGGAAACAAAAAUACCAUAUCCGUGGUUGGUUUUCAACGAGAAGAUAAAAGUGAACUCUAUAUUCGUGAGGGAUUCAACAGCUGUGUCUGACUCUGUGCUUAUCCUCUUUGGCGGUAGCGUUUCCAAAGGAGAUUUUGAUGGCCACCUCAAAAUGUUGGGAGGAUACUUGGAUUUUUUCAUGAAACCUGCUGUUGCAGAGAUGUACCAGACCUUGAAGAAAGAGCUUGACGAGCUGAUACAGAGCAAAUUACUUAAUCCUAAAAUGGAUAUUCAAGCACACCGUGACCUCUUAUUGGCUGUAAGGUUAUUGGUCUCUGAGGAUAGAUGUGAUGGGAGCUUUGUGUUUGGUCGCCAAGCACUUAAGCCUUUAGGAACGUCGGCGGUGUCAACACAACCGACAUUGGUUUCAAGGACCGAAAGUGGGCCGGGGGGUGACAAUUCCAAGAGUCAGCUCCAAACAAUGCUCACAAGGGCUGGUCAUGCAGCACCGAUGUAUAAGACAAAGCAGUUGAAGAACAGCAAGUUCCAAUCCACAGUAGAGUUUAACGGGACGCAAAUAAUGGGACAACCUUGCAGCAACAAGAAGACUGCUGAGAAGGAUGCUGCAGCUGAAGCUAUACGAUGGCUGAUGGGUGGGGCUAAGGAAAGCCAUGAGCACGUGAAUCAUAUGUCAAACCUGCUGAAGAGAAGCAAGAAGGUUCACCUCUGAUUGCCUUUUGCUGAGUUCAAUCACCUAGAAGACAACAAGAAGGCGGCGAUUUUAUGGAGUCCAAAUAUUUCCUGGGCUAACCUGAAAGUAAAAGUGGGAAGAAAAAGGAUUAUCUCGGAGCAUUUGUGAGGCAUGCGACCAGAUGGGGUUGAAGGGUGGGGCUGGAGAGUAAACUCCGUGGUGCAAGCACACACACAUAUAAGAGAUUUGAUCUGGAUGUGGUGAAUUAAUGUGAGCAUUGAGAUGCCUCUGUUGACUGUUGCAAUUUUUAGCAUAUGGUGUAAUUCUAAGAUCGGGUGGAGACUUUAUAAGAUGAGGUUGAGUGUUGUAGAUGAAGUUGCCCACUUGUAAAUCUUGUAGGUUGUAAGAAGACCGCUGUUUGUAAUCGGAUAUUGAGCAAGUGAGUCUUAAGUUGACA